CACCGCCGGCAGCGCCGCCUCCGCCCGCCGGGCCCGGGCCGCGCCGGGGGAGGAGGGGGAGCAGCGCCGCCGCCGCGGCCGGGCCCGUCCCCCGCCGGCUCCCCCGAACACCAUAGGCGGCUCCGGCACCAAGAUGUCCAACCGGGUGCUCUGCCGGGAGGCCAGCCACGCCGGCAGCUGGUACACUGCCUCAGGACCCCAGCUGAAUGCACAACUAGAAGGCUGGCUUUCUCAAGUACAGUCCACAAAGAGACCUGCUAGAGCCAUUAUUGCACCCCAUGCAGGAUAUACCUAUUGUGGAUCUUGUGCAGCCCAUGCUUACAAGCAAGUAGAUCCAAAUAUUACCCGAAAAAUUUUCAUUCUUGGGCCUUCCCAUCACGUGCCCCUUUCCCGAUGUGCACUUUCCAGUGUGGACAUUUAUAGAACACCUCUGUAUGAUCUCCGAAUUGACCAAAAGAUUUAUGGAGAACUGUGGAAGACCGGAAUGUUUGAGCGUAUGUCUUUACAGACAGAUGAAGAUGAACACAGUAUUGAAAUGCAUUUGCCUUAUACUGCUAAAGCCAUGGAAAGCCAUAAGGAUGAGUUUACUAUUAUUCCUGUGUUGGUCGGAGCACUGAGUGAGGCAAAAGAGCAGGAAUUUGGAAAACUCUUCAGUAAAUACCUAGCUGAUCCUAGUAACCUCUUUGUGGUUUCUUCUGACUUUUGCCAUUGGGGUCAGAGGUUCCGUUACAGUUACUAUGAUGAAUCCCAAGGAGAAAUUUAUAGAUCCAUUGAGCACCUAGAUAAAAUGGGUAUGAACAUUAUAGAGCAGCUAGAUCCUGUAUCUUUUAGCAAUUACUUGAAGAAAUACCACAAUACAAUAUGUGGAAGACAUCCUAUUGGCGUAUUAUUAAACGCUAUCAAUGAGCUCCAGAAGAAUGGAAUGAAUAUGAGCUUUUCCUUUUUGAAUUACGCUCAGUCAAGCCAGUGUCGAAACUGGCAAGACAGCUCAGUGAGUUACGCAGCUGGAGCACUUAUGGUUCACUGAACUGCUGAAUGCUCAGGGAUGGCACCUGCACACACUCUGUAUACGGGGUCCCAGCCUAGCCCUUACAAAGAUACAGUCCCUGGUCUUUGGGUAUACUGAAACCUCAAACUAAUAGAACUUUCUUCUUUUCUAGUAGGUGUAGUCCUUCCUUAGUUUCAACUCAUUUAAAAAUGCUUUCUUGUUUAGGACAAUGGAAGGAAGAGUGGUAUCAAAACAUUUUGUGAUAUUUAGGAAAGAUAAUAGCUGUGAAGGUGUGGGUGGCAGGCAGUCCUUACAAAUGCGACAUGUAAAGCAUUUACCAUAUCCUAAAUUUGCACUCUUUGCAGACCUGUGCACAUGUACUCAGCUUUCAGAAUAGUUUUGCAAGUUGUUAAUGGAAAAAAGGAGUGGAAGCUUUUUAUUAAAAGGAAAAAAAUGGAAAACAACGCAUUUAUAAAUGAUCCUGUAUUAGAAUAUAAUAAAACUCCAGUAUAGUCAGUUACUACCCGUGAUGUACAACAGAUAUCUUCUAUUUUAGUUGCUAAUAAAGGGCUACACAAACCAAAAUAGUCUGAUUUAAACUUAUUGCUUUGUGUUCUGUAUGUGGCUGCUUGUCAUUAACAUCCUUUAUCCUCAGUUCUUUGCUUGAAAUUCAGCCAUUCUGUAAAAUGCUUUAGAGUGUAUUUUAUAUUCAACAUUUGUUAUGCCUGUUUCAUUUACAAUUUUAUUUUUAAUCUUAAACCUGCACUUAGUUCAGCUGUGCAAAAGGAUUUUUAACAACCUGUGUAUUUUGUUUCACAGAACUAUAGAGUAUCUUUUAAUAUGUGAUAUAAAUUUCUGCCAGAAAUGCUC